AUGGAACUACAGAAAAAUUAUAAAGAAUUUCAAGAACUUAGAAACUUGGCCAAAAUAUAUCUUAUCGUGUAUAUUGUUAUAUGUUUACUUUCAAUUCUGGUUUAUAUUAUAUUCAACUUAAUAAAAGAAGAAGGAGUUAAAGAACUUACAAACAAAAUUGUAUCUAUUUUUUCUGGAAUUACUGGAAUUGUUUCUUUACUUGGAGGUCUAUCAUCGCUUAAAAGUUUUUUUAGCAAAAAUAAAUCAAGUAACGAACAAAUAAAAAUAAAUAGCAUUAAUUCAUUUGCGACAGAUCCUAAUAUCUGGAUUUAUAAAGAUAUUCCAUUUGCGGCAGAAACAGUUAAUGUUGAACCCAUUAGUGAUUAUGAAAUAAGGAAUAAAAUAGAUGAAAUAUAUAACAAAAUUGAAGAAGAUUUAAAAGAAGCACAUUCUUACUCUCACUAG